UCGAGAAAAAAAAUUGCAUAACAAAGAGAAUAUUAGUUAGAGCUCAAAGUGUACGUAUGUAGGAAAAGAAGCAGCAGCAGUGUGAAUGAUAAGCUGAGCAGACAAAUGAUGGCAAAUACUCGUAGCAUAGAUCCCAUGCGUGCACGGCUGAAAAAGAUGAUUGGUUGAUGCUGAUGCCUGCUAAUUUUUCGUACAAGCUUGGGACAAAGGCAAGGGAACAAAUACUUAAACAAGACUAGCAGAUUGCAGGCAGAUUCGUGGAAUGGAAAACAUCAUGCCAAUUGACGAAGACAAGGCAGCCCAUGAUGCCAAUGCCAAUGCCAUGCAGGUACAUCCAUCCGCCCAGCCCCAGCUAUAUAACAACGAGCUCAGCCAACCACAACUUCGCAUCGAUCGCCGCCUCAAGGCGUCUAGCUUCUUCUCGUUCAUAUUCCAGUUUCCCGCCACCAAAUAUGGCCCAGCAAGGCAGCAACCAAGUAGCCGCAGCCCAUGGUCCAAUGGAGCGGCAUCAUCCGCCCGGGGACGAUGGGGGCAACAAGCAGCCUCCUUCAACUUCGAUGGAGUACCAGCUGAAGGCUUACCUUCUGCUGCUGGCCACGCUGGUGGCGACGGUGACGUACGGGGCAGGGCUCAACCUGCCAGGGGGAGCCUGGCCGGACACGCAGGACGGGCACCUCACAGGCGACCCCAUCCUUCCAGACGCGCACUACGCCCGCUACCUGGCCUUCUACUACUGCAACGCCACCGCCUUCGCGUCAUCACUCGUGGCCUGCCUCCUCCUCCUCGUCCUUGACGAGGAGAACACAGUGUGGGCGACGGUCCUGCGUGCGGUCAUGGUGCUGGACCUGUUCGGCCUCAUGGGUGCCUACGCCGCCGGAAGCUGCCGGGACAAGUUCACCACCAUCUACGCCUCGUUGCUGGUCAUCUCCGUCUUUGCCUACAUCAUGCUUGUCUUCUUAAAUUCUGUCUUCGCCUAUGCCUUCCGGGGUACUGUCUUUGCCCAUGCCUCCCAGUGGGUGUUGGGCAAAGAUCCUGAGAAGCUAGGCGAGGGCACUGCUGAUGCUAACGAGCACGAAGACGAGCAUGAGGUGUUGAUGCUGCUCGCGACCUUCGUCGUCACCAUCACAUACGUGGCCGGACUUGGCCCGCCUGGUGGGUUCUGGAGCGACAGCCGGGACGGCCACCAAGUGAGCGACCCAAUCAUGCAGGACCACAACACCAGCCGGUACCAGUCAUUCUUCGUGUGGAAUACCACCGCAUUCGUCGCGUCCCUGCUCAUCAUCGUGCUGCUCAUGGACAAGAAUCUGAGCAGGACUAUCUCUGUAAGGUUUGUUGCGCUCUAUGGGUUCAUCGCGGUGGCGCUCAUCGGCCUUGUGGGGGCCUAUGCUGCAGGAAGCUGCAGGGAAGCUGAUGCUACCAUCUAUGUCGUAUCUCUGGCCGGUGCGGUUCUUGCAAGCAUAUUUCUACAGGUGGCUAUUACUAGCGCCAUGAACAAGGAAGGCAGUUGGGGUGAUAAACUACUCACACACAUACGUGGAUUUACUUCACAAUGGCUGAAGAAAAUAAAGAAGUGGUUUACAGAUACUGCUACUCCUAGCCCUAACAGGGAUACACAACAAGCUGACAAAGUAUUGGAAAGGAAUCGCUCUCUUGUCAUGUUGCUUGCUACCCUCGUGGUGAGCAUCACUUACACAGCAGGACUGGAUCCACCAGGCGGCCUCUGGCCAGAUGACCAGGAUGGGCACCAGAGCGGCGACCCGGUACUCCUCACAACCCACCCUACUCGGUACAAGGUGUUCUUCUAUAGCAACUCAGCCGCCUUUGUGACAUCCUUAGUGGUCAUCAUAAUGGUCCAGAGUAGGUUCCUACUAAAGCGCCAUACCUUGCACGCAGCCAUGAUACUGGAUUUGUUUGGCCUCAUCACUGCAUACGCUGCCGGGAGCGGUAGGAAUUUAAGCACCUCCAUCUAUGUUGUCGCCCUAGCAGGUGUUGUCCUUGUGUAUGUGGUGAUCCAUAUAGUCUUCUUCACAUUAGAAGAUCAGCAGAUAGGCGACCACCAAGAUCAUGAUAAGUUGGAUAAGAGGCGUGAGAUGCUACUGCUGCUUGCCAUCUUGGCUGCAACGCUCACUUACCAAGCUGGGCUCACCCCGCCAGGUGGCUUCUGGUCAGCGGACGACAAGUUUGGUCAUCAGGCUGGGUUCCCGGUCCUCUUCGAUAACUACCCUCGCCGAUACAAUGCAUUCUUCUACUGCAAUGCGGCAAGCUUCAUGGCAUCUGUGACUCUCAUAGUUCUUCUGGUGAACCCCACCCUAUACAAGCCAGGCAUAAAGUGCUAUGCACUGUAUGUGUGCAUGGUGGUGGGCAUGUUUGGUCUCAUGGGUGCCUAUGCCGCUGGAAGCUCCCGCCAUGUGCGAACCUCCAUCUAUGUGUUCACUUUAGUUGCUGCAGUCUUUGCCUUCGUGAUCAUUCAGGUGGUCAUUUUCUGGAUACAAAGUUAUUGGAAAAAAGACCAGCCAUCUACCGCAUCUGCUCCAGUGAACAAGGACUCUCGUGUGCGUUCUGAAGAAAAGGACCUUCGUGAGUACCUGAUGCUGCUAGGAGUCCUGGCUGCAAGUGUAACAUACCAGACUGGCCUAAAGCCACCAGGUGGACUCUGGCAGGACAACAACAACGGGCAUACCGCAGGCAACUCGAUCCUCCAUGACAUUGACAGAGGACGGUUCCGUGCUUUCUUCUACAGCAACUCCACUUCAUUCAUGGCUUCUAUCGUCGUCAUCAUCUUGCUGCUUCCGCUGAACACCCACAAGUUGCCUCUCUGGCCAAUGCAUACUGCCAUCUUGCUAGACAUGAUGGGCCUCCUUUGCGCCUAUGCGGCUGGCAGCACAAGGGAAUGGGGAACGUCCAGCCAUGUCAUCGCUCUGGUCGUUCCCGUGCUCGCCUAUAUUGCAGCCUACGCAGCAUGGUCAUUGUUCAGCAACAAGGGCCGAUGUGUGGCGACGAAGAUGCCUCAUGAUCAACAAUCCCAAUGAUAUGUCGCAACAGAGAUGCCGCAUGUGACGUGAUUCUUUACCUGGUUUUUAAUUUUAUUUCAAUGCAAAUGAUGUUUGUGUAAUUCUACAUGUACUUUCCAUAUGAUGUCUACAAAUUAUUGUGUAAUUCUGUAUAAUCAAGGUAAGGAAAAGUAUACUUUCCAGUUUUAACGUUGCCGGCCAUUGUGUACAACUAUUGUACUGUUGACAUAUGUUGUCAAACACUGGUAGUGUGGGGCUUUCAUUCCGAGUGUUUUCAUUGGUCCAAGCAGUAUUGGCAUCUUUAUGGCCUAUUGUUGCAAUUGCUAGCAUUCUUUAGCAGCAAUACUUGCAUCUCUGUAUGUUUCAUUUGGUUAAACUAUUGUUCUUUCUUCAAUUUACUUCAACUUGGAUCCUGUGUCCCCUGCCGCUUGGUAAAAAUUGAAGUUCAUAUCUUAGUUGGCCUCAACAUAAGCACUCAUCAAAUGUUAUCAGCACCUGGUUCUGAUGCAGCACCAAUGUUGGCCAACUAAGAGAUGAACUUCAAAAGCACCAAGCUUGUCCCAACCUCCCAGUUCAAGUGGUUAGCACGAACAAGUCGAUGAGCUGCAGACUUGCUUUUGCAGUUGUGCCCGACGUCACCACAUUGUUGCUACUUCAGGUAAGAAGUGGUUCACAAACGAACUGAAUUUAAUUAGCUUGUGGCAGCCAAUGAGCGUGAUAUACAUGAGUGGUGAAAAAGUGUAUAUACGCCGGUAGCAGAUCUCCCGGAAGGUCAGGCUGUACAUCCUGGAUGGGGACAUACAACCAGUGUGCCGUCCAGCAGCAGUUGCACAGGCAAGGGUUUUGGGGAGUUCACGAGAGAAGGGUGUGGUUCUGGCACAAGAGAAGGACGACAGAAGAAACCACGGACCAGGCCUGGACGUGGGCUUCAAGCCAUAAUUAUUAAGUGACUACACUACCCUUAGCAUUAACUAGCCAAUUGUGCUUUGGGAUUUGUGCGAUAUAUUUUCUUCCUUUAGCCUUGCUCAAGGAAAAGUUGGAAGAGCAUAGAAGCACUCCUUUUUGUUGUGUGGGAGGAGCACUCCUUGCUUUGUUAUACACAACCAUUGUGAUUACCUAGUUUUUGGUUAGCCUCCUAUAAGUUCACAACAGGAGCUUGGUGUUUUGUAUGACAUGUUGCAAGUGGUAAAAGGUGGUACUCUUACUUGGGAACACUAUCAGAUUCAGUUCAGAUCCGCUUCGUUGCUCAUCAGGAUGGAUGGUCUAGUGGUCGAAAGGUACCGGAGGGCAAUGACUUUUCAAACUCAAGUACUGGAUGGCUUUACGUUUCUAAAAAAGUACUGAACGGCUUUACAAGUUCCCCUGGGUUCACAAAUAACUGAAUAAGUAAUGAUUUGGACAUUGGCACGGCCUUCAAAAUUACCUCUGACCAAUAAUUUCUACUACAGUUAAUCUAUAAAACCCAAAAAAGUUGCGAUAUUCU